AUGCCAACAUUGAGGAAAUCCAACUACUACAAUCAGCCGAAGCCAUCGGUGCAAGAGAUUAAAUUAAGCACUCACAGCACUAAAUCUAAUACGAGUGUUCGAGAAGAACUUGUGAAAAAACGUUCAACAACCACUAAACCCUCGACACGUGCAACUAAAUCUCCGUACGAAGUAUGUGAUUCCACACAGAAUUUACUCAAGGAUAGAUCAGACAUCAGGACUGCGGAUAAACGCGCAGACAAAACCAAACCAUACAUUCAUGUACCGAUUAUUCAACUGCGUUUGUCAGAAGAAGAAUCCCAAACCUCCACACCACCACCGAAACAACGAGGCUACGAUUUUACCAGCUCGACCAACUCACAUUUUGAUGGUUGGCUGGUAGCGGCACCGAAGAAAUUCAAACGCACCUGUUCGAGCACGCCAACUUCGUCGAAGCGUAAAAGCAGCUCGCUGAGCAUACAAACUACGCCACUACCUAAGCUAUCGGAUGAGAAUUUAGUCACAUCACAGGAAAUGGUCGACACGCAACACAAAGAGUCCGGCGCUAAACGCAUGGUUUUUCGCGGACCCGAGUGGAAGAAACCAUGUCGCGAGAGCGUUGUGGCCGGCGCACCGAAACCAUUUAUCGGCGCUUGUCCAUUGAAUUUCGAAGAGUUUGCCAAAUUAUCACGUACACGUCAGAAAUUCUUCCUUACACAAGAUCCACGUAAGAAAUACUGUUUGGUAAAUCCACAGGCUUUGCGCACGAAAGCGUUUUCGGAAAAACGUGAAUUCAAUAUAUUGACAAAAACCGUUAAAUAUGCGGACAAUGUUUGCGGUGAGACGCAAUCGCAAUCGUCAGAGUCCUUCAUAUGCGAUCAAAUCGAUUUAGAGAAUCCCAUGCAGCUGGACUUUCAAGGACUUGAUUAUCGCAAAACCUAUCAGGCCGACGAGCAGGAUAUACAAAAUCAGAGUCUCUAUCGCAGCAUCAUGCGGUAUAUGGAGCGACGACGCGUCAAGCAGGAGACACAGGACAAAGUUGAGGAGGAGCUGCAGAAUGAGCGUCUAGCAGUGCCGCAAUGCUUUGAUGUGCCCGAUCGUACGCAGCACGAGGAUGUGCCAAGCAGUGAGCCGCCAGUACCGUUUUGCAAACUUUUUCGUUCAGCCGACAAACCAUAUAAUCAACAAAAAAUUGAAGAAGAGAAUCGUAAUCGACGUAAUCGUUAUAAGAAUCUUUAUUUAGAACGCAAAGAAUUGGCAGAAGAAGCAGACAGAGCAAGAGAGGCGCAACAUAAAAUUAAUGAGGAGCUCAAGCCCACAAUGUUAGCCAUGCAACAUUUUACUGAAGUUUUGAACAGCAUAAAUGCCGCGUGUGAUCCGCAAAUUAAGAUAGAAGCGCUGCAGCGUAAGCCGCCGAAGCCAGCGACAACAUAUCCGCAUACAAUGCGCGAGACCAAACAAUUCAAAAAGAAGUUAAAAGCGCAAAACCGCAUCAAACGCGAUAAUGCGCUUGUUAAAAAGGAGUAUUAUCUAGAGAAUUUCGGCAAGUUGAAGGACUAUCCGGAAGCGAAAAUCGAGCUGAGCAGCGAUACGCCAAGGCAUGUCAGUGAGAGUCCCGAGCUGAGCGAACAGUCCAGUGACGACGAAGACGAUAUCAAAGUGGGCAAACAUGGCAGCAACUACCAGCUGCGCGGCUUCCACUUCAAAUUGGGCAAAAGCCUGCGCGGCAAGCGACACCAGACAGAAAAAACCGGCGGUACGCGCAAGGAAAAAACAUGUAAAACACGCGAAGACUGGCUAGCGGAGUUAGUGCAAAAGAAGGAGGUGGUAAAAAUGGAUAUUGAAGAGGGCAUAACGAAACUGCGCGGCCCAGAUGAUCCGCUACUCAAGAUUUUUCAGCCACAAUUCGGCUACAAGCUACCUCAAAUAAAGAGCAGUGCCGUACGGGAGUUUAUCGAGAAGCGUCUGGGACGUCACUACGAUCGUGAUUUACGUAAAAAGUUUAAAAUGGUGCGACCACGACUGGAGUACCCAAUGAAGAAGUUCAAUCUGAUACAUUUUCUUUACACCGACCAUGUGCACGACUUGAGCAAUUUCAAAGCGCAACAUGCAAUACUGGAUAAAACCGAACUAAUGAAAUUGAAUACCACGCUGGAAUACAUGGCUGCCAAGGAGAAUAUUAAGAAGCAAAAGAUGGCCAAGAUUAAAGAGAAACGUCUCAAAUUGCUGGGUAUACCAUGUCAUGAGGUGAAAAAAUCGAGCUUGCAAACGAAAUGCGAACAAUCGGAUACGGGUACAGAUUCCGAAUGGGUACCAACACCGGAGCCGGAGUUGGUCGAUCAGGAAGAGGAGAAUAUACGUGCGCGCCUAGCUAAAAGCGUGGCGCUGCCAUUAGCUAUGCGUGGUAACAUGCCUGCGCCCAAACAUCGCGAAACCACAAUACGUCGCCAUCCGCGUAAGCCGCGUGACUAUUUCGGUGAGCGUGUGCCUUCGCAACUAUUCGAUAAAACUGUAGCCGAAGUGCACAAGCCGCAUUUAUUGAAGCUAAAAACAGACGAUGUGCAUUUCAGUAAUUUGCGCGAGGUGCCAAAUCGUGAGUAUUCGAAAAUCUUCGAAGCACGUCACCAUCACGAUCACUGGAAUCAUAUGCAACAAAAACUGGUAGAUGUCCACUAUCAGCCGAAAAUUAUCAAAGCCGAAGCGACCAAAGGUAAAAGCAAGGAGGAUCACGUGCUUAUGGAGAAUUUUCGUAUGGCACAACCGCCAUGUAAUCAAUACGUUGGUAUGGAUUUGACCAUAGCGAAAUGCGAUACCAAAGCAUUGCUUGCCGACUAUAUGCAAAACACUCGUAAACAAUUUACCACCGAUAAGACUUUGCGUAUCAAAGAUUUGUGUCAGUCAAAGGAUGUUUACUUUCAUAGUCGACCACGCAGCGAAAUAGAGGCGCUCAAUUUUCCGGGUAGAAAAGAGUACCUCGAUUUUUUACAUGAAGUACGUAAGGCACUUUAUGAAACCAAAGUCAGCGAAGAGCAGGGACAAAAGCUAGCGGUGGAUCGUGAAGAAAUCAUACAAGACAUUGAAGAGGAUCUCAAGAGUAUUGAAUCGUGUUUGACAUCGCUCAGCAGUUCGGUCUGCACGAAUCUAACUAAUGACAGCGGCAGCUUUUUACUCAUGGAGGGGAAAACGAAAAUUCCACUCGAUUAUAUACGCAAAUCAGUGGUGCCAUUUGAGCCGAUGAACCGUUGUCGCUUCAAGCUCGAGCCGCUCGAUAUCGAAGCAGAGGAAAAUAAUCCCUUUAAAGUACUGCCAUUUACCGGGCAGGGCAAGGCACAGAAUGAGCUUAAUGCCGCCAAAGAUAGUUUCUUCACAUUCAAUACACGUCUACAAAAUGGUUUGCGUUUGCGCCUCGAGGUGCCGGUGGAGGAUGUACGUCAGAAACUAAUUGGUCGCGGUCCGCACAAGUAUCGCAGUGUUGUGACGACAGAUAUCGACGAGAACUAUGUGGAUGAAUUGAAAAAUCGACCGCCCGUGAAGAUGUUCAGUUUCAAAACGGGCAGCUCAUUUAUUAAGGACGCCUUGCGUUUGAAAUUCGAGUCUAUGCUUAUACAAGGUCAAAUAGUACGCACCAAAAUCUAUGAUCGUCUCAACGAGCAUCAUUGGGAGAAUAUGAUGCGCUUGAAGUCGCUAUACGAAAAGCUAUUCGCCAAAUGGGAAAAACGCGAAUAUGAAUCGGCUAUGUCGGUGGUGCAUCAGGUGAAAACAUAUUACGGUCGUACAGACGCUCUAAAGCGCGAAUUUCGUGAAUUGGAACGCCAACAAAUUGUACUCAAUAUGGAUAUCGUUUUUAUUGAGGGUCAUUGGAUACGUCGUAUUAUGUUGCAGAACUUUCAUUAUCUAUUGGGCGAUUCUGAGUGGCGUUACGAAAAUGAUUGGAUCCAUCGUAUAGAAAAAGUUUCACAGCGUGGUUCCGAAUGUGAUGAAGAUGAAGAGUACGGUGAGGAAGAAGAAGAUGGUGAAGAAGGCGAAGGUUGUACCAAGACAACUAUUGAAUUGGAGAAUUUUGAAGAGUCUAUAAUGAAACGGAACACCGUAAACAUACGUAAGCGUGAUAAAGAUGACGCAUGGGCGAUUAAGAGUUACUACGAGGAUGUCUAUAUGCAGAAUUUACAUCCGAUAUUGAUUGUAUUCCCCAAUGCAGAUAGUUUUAUGCGCGGCAUAGAGAAUUUAAAAAUUAAAACCUUCGUCUUGCUACUCGAAAUGCAUUUCACGCUAUCCAUACACACCGAACUGCAGAGCCGUUUGGAAACGUUUGAAGUUUGGUGUUUGGAGGAUUUGCGUGAGAAACAAUCGUAUGUGUCGCGUAAAUGCGCCAAGCUAUAUUUUAUGUCCGAUCGUGCGACGGAUAUGAAGCUACGCACAUUGGAUUUUCUAUCGGAACCGGUUGAAAGUUCCUUCAAUGAUGAAGCGUUUAUCAAACAUCGCGCGGUCAUUAUAGAAGUGUGGCGUGAAAUAGUUCCUGAAAAUAUGCGCAGCGGUGGUGGGGACGAUCUCGAGCCAUUGGAAAUGGUUGCCAUGAUUUCGGAAGUUGCAAUGGAGCUAAUAUCUAAAUUCGAAUCGAUACCGGUUGAGGAAAGUCGUCGCAUUGAGGCACAAUUGCGUCGUCGUCGUGCUUAUGAUCGUAAAAUCUCUCGACAAGCUUAUUUGGUAGAGAAACGCAUCGAGAGUGAAAUGAAAAAAGUGCGUCGCAAUUUAGAGCCACCCUAUGUGAAGCCGAAGCGUAAAGGCAAAUUACCACGUAUUAUUAUCAAAAAGAAAGAAAAGAAAAUCUCAUUCAAGGAGCAACGCGUCACCGAGCAUACGAAAUUUUUCUUCCGUGCCUUUCACGAUGAGGGUGAUGUUAUGCAAUUGCAUGAUGCGCGCGAUAGUAUUGGUGUAAUGGACACCAUACAAGAGCAAAUUGUGCCAUUUUAUUUUGAUCAUUUCCUUAAACUGAAUGGCUACACACCAAAUUACAAUUUCAAAACCAAUGUGGAAUUACGUGACGGACCUGAAGCUUCACGUGUGGCAUUGCGUUCGCUGGUGCCUGAAAUAUUGGAGAAACUUGAUAAAUGGGAGCUUGUACGUAAGCGCAUUAUGGACGACAACAUACAACGCAAUCCAAGAAUGUAUGAAAAUGUGCAAUUCUGAAUAGUUGGCAUUCUGUUAUAAAAUAUACACACUAAACCACUUAUAUUUUUGUACUUGUUAUGUAUGUAUGCUUUUCAAUAGA